GUCACUGUCAAUUGUUAAUGAAAUUGAUACACAAACAAACCUUUUUGCCACAGCAUAGCCUAGAAAAAAUCAUAAAAAAAUCACAGCGGAGGCAUCGAAAAAGUGAAAUACACACGAAAGUUCGCACUAUCAUUUCGACGACAUGAGCGGAACUCGGCCGGUGUCGAUGUUAAAAAGGGGAAACCAUUAAAUUAUUCCAACGUUUCCACCGCAUGUAUUAUCGCGAACUAUCGAAGAUCUAUAAUUAGGCUGACAUAUAUUAAUGAAGAUUCAUCCCGCGAGGCAUGUGUACCAUGGAGAAAUCGCGGGGUGUUUAAUCAAAACAUGUCCUUAACUAUUUUGCUGGAAAUCGGGCACGAUGCCUCACUGAAAUCCAAGAUAUCUCCUGAAGGGUUCACGCACGACUGGGAAGUAUUCGUCAGAGGGCAAAACAACGCAGACAUUCACUAUUAUGUGGAUAAAGUCAUCUUCAAUUUACACGAAACGUUUCCUAAUCCAAAAAGAGUUGUAAAACAACCGCCGUUUUCCCUGAGGACCUCGGGUUAUGCAGGUUUUAAGUUACCGAUCGAGAUAUAUUUGAAAAACAACCAAGAACCCAAGAGGAUUAAGUUUAACUAUGAGCUCUAUUUGCAACCCAACGGCCCGGCUAUUCACAUAGCGCAGAAGGAAAAGUACACGUUUUUCAACCCAUCGGAGGAAUUUCGUGUUAAAUUACUUAAAGGUGGAGCUGUGGAAGGGAGCGGUAAAGACGAGAACUCCAUCAACAAAAUCUCGGACGAGAGAAAUUAUCAAAUGACAAGCAAACCUAAACUAGGCGGAUUGGAAGCUGUUAAAAAACACAAAAUGAAAUUCGACGAACCCAAAAACACGGAUUUCGAGAACCUAUUCGGGCCGCCCAUAAAGAAAAAUAGCAAAAUUCCCGAACCUCCCAAGCCCAAAGAACCGCCGCCCAUCAAACAGCAAAAUUCGGAUAAAUCCUCUGACAAAGAUAAGACGAAAUCGAAUAAAAGCGUGCACAAAGAUAAAGAGAAAUCUAAAGAAAAAUCCUCCGAUAAUUCCAUCAAGAACAAAGAGGACAAGAAGAAAUCUAAGGAUGAGAAGAACAAAGACAGGUCCAAAGAGAAGAGCUCGAGGAAGGAUAAAGACAGGGAGAAAUCGCCUCAAACGAGACCUAGGAGUGUGUCGCCCAAACGAUCGCCUAAAAGGGAACCGAGCGUUCCUCCGAUGCAGAAGAUCACCAGCAGCAACGGUAGUACCGGUACCAAAGAGAAAGACGAGAGGAGAGACAGGGACAAAGACAAAAAGGAGGAUAAAAAAGCGAAGAAAGAGAAGCGCGACCACAAAGAAGGCAAGCACAAAGAUAAAGAAAAAGACAAAGAGCACAAGGAACACAAAAGUAAAUCCUCGAAAGAGAGAGACUCGACUGGUGGUAGUAAAUUAAAAGAGACCAGUCCACUGGCUAUCGUACCUAACAGUUCUCAAAAUUCUAACAAGACUGAUAAAAAACCUAAGGAAAAGGAGCAAGUUAGAGAGCAACAACCGAAAGAGGAAAAACUGGAGAGGAUAGAGAAAGAAAAAUCGGAGAAGCCCCGCCAAGGAUCCGAAGACAAGGACAAAGACCGCCAGAACAAGCACAAGCACAAAAAGAAAGACAGAAAGGAGAAGAAAGAAGAGAAACAUUCGAAGAAGGAAGAGAAAAAGAUCGAAAAGCAGCUAAACAACACGAAAGAACCCGUUCCAGCGCCGCCUAUAACAAACCGAGACGCCGAUAAAACCAAUCUCUUUGGCAGCCCCAAGAACAGUUCCCCUCCGACUCCCAAACUGUCAUCUUUAAACGCCAAAAUCGAAAACAAUUCCCUAUUUACGAGGGACGAUGACAGUUCGAAUGACAGCGUCAAAAUCAGCAGCAGGGAGGCCUCACCGGCGCCUGCGCCGAAGAUGCAAUCUAAAUCGCCCUCCCCGCAACCUCCGCCGCCGCCCCCGCCCGCCGCCGAUCCAAUCAAAAGGCCCGAGCCGGACAAGAAGAAGGACCCGUCGCUGAAGAAAAAGGACAAGAAGGAAAAGAAAAAAGAGAAGAAAUUUGAUAAGGAUUACGAGAAGAGGCGGAAGAGGAAAAGCGAUUCUACCACGGUGGAUGUCGAACCGGCGGAAAAAACCGUGAAAAUCGACGAUGAGAACGAAUCUGACGAGGAAAGCAAAGUUUCCAGUACGGAAGAUGCCGCGAAUAUAGCGCAACCAAAAAGCGAGUGUGAUAUGGACAUGCUGCGUGAUCUCCAACACAAAAUAAUGAGCCUCAAAGACACCGCCGAUCUGCAGAAGAUCGUCCAAUUGAUAGCCGAAACGGGCCAAUACGAAAUAUCGGCGCAUACGUUCGAUUUCGAUUUGUGUUUGUUGGAUAAAUCGACCGUCAGGCAAUUGCAGAACUUUUUUUCGACCAUUUCAUAGUAACUAGUGCGAAGGGCGUUCGAUUUUUAUUUCGGUUAAUGGUUAUCUUUUUUUUUGUGGAUUUGUUAUCGCGGUCGAAUCGUUGAUUUUAUGUAUAACUUGUUUUCUUUUUUUUUAUCAUUGAUAUUUAUUGGACAUUUCAGUGUAUGCAUGUGAAUCGGAAUUCGUAAACAAGUAGGGCAUUUAGCGAUCUAGAUUUCGUACAAUUUGACAUGCUAAUAGAGUUAAAUCCGUUAUGAAAUUAUUUAUUAUUUUUUGAAAAAAGUAAAACUCAGAUAUGCCAAACAAAAAAAACUAAAAGUAAUGCCUUGAAAGGACUGAAUAGUUAUUAAAGUUUUAAUAUUGUGUUGUGAAUGUUAGUAUUUUUAAAAUAUAAAUUGAGAAUUGGGAAAAACUAAUUAUAUAUUAAGUAGUUUCAAUGGCUUAUUUACAAAUUCUAUCCGUAAUAAAUCUAACCCAGUAAAGCAUAUGAUAUUUUUCCAACAUUCACUUCUAAAAAUAUUUUAUUUAUUUGAAUGGAUUCAUUAAAAAAAACCUCAUAUUUAUAGUAGUUUUGAAUUUUAAGGUUGUUUCUUAGUAAGCAUAAAUAAUUUUACAUAAAUCAUCUUAAAGUUUACCGGAUACAGAGUUAAAAAUUGUAUCAUUUUAAAUGAGAGAAAGCUUUUAAUAAAUGUUGAGUCGAUUUAUGUAAAAAUGGUACUGUAAAUAUUUAUAACGCCUUUGUGGGUGAUCCUAUCUUUGUACAUUUUUAGACAAGUUGCGCUACUGUACAUAAUAAGUUUAUCUAGCGUUAAUAAUAAUUCACAAUUUGUUGGUAUUUUUAUUGGACUUGAUUUCGCAUUAAAAAUGUUGGCAUUAUCCUGACUUCACUUGUACAUUUAUAUUUCCAUAAAUUCAAAUAAUAAUUAAGUAAAAUUUGACUGGAUGACAUUAUGUUGUUUUCUAAUUUGUUGACAAUCUUGUUAUUUUUUUUGUAUUUAUUUAAUAAACAUUAUGUAACUACUCAUAGCUAUAAACAGGUUGUAGAACCUAAAAAAUCAAUUUAUUCAUAAACGAUUCUAAAUAAAGCAUUUUCGUAAACACUUCUACUAACUACAAUACAUUUAAAAUGGCAUACUUCGGAUCCUUUUCUUUUCUUUGUACAAGCAUUCCUGU